UUGACUUAAACUUAAAUAAACAACUAACAUAUUUCCCUAUGCCAUGUAGGAAGAACGGUUGGUUGGUGCAUUUGUAGCAAAGAGGAAAAGCAAUAUGUGCAGCACUUUUUACAAGCCAUCAAGGAUGCUGCCCCAACUACAACUGUCAAAACAGUCAUGACUGACGAUGGUAAGAAAGAAAAUAAUUUACUGGCACCAAUGCAAAAUAAACAUCUAGAAAUCAAAUGUUUACUGAACAAUCAUUCACAUUCUAAAGUGGUACCAUAUCUUCUCACAAAUGUGGAUUGAUUGAUCAAUUAUCCACAGAUAAUACUGGAUGGUUUGCAGCAAGACCUGUCUUUGGUGAUAUCAUAAAGCACCUCCUCUGCCAUUGGCACAUUGAUAGGUAUGAAUGUAAAGCAGGAUGACCAGGAAGGGCAGUGGAUCACACCGCAUAUUGUUUUCUCUCUUCAGAUCACUUAAACAAAACAUAUUUUCCAAAGUGAAAACCAAGUCAGAUCAAGUCAGCAUUUAUCAGUCACUGUACUUGUCGAUGCACCAUACAGACAAAGAUAUGUUCCAUCAAUAUCUGGAGUCAUUUGUUGAUGCAUGGAUAUACCCAAGGAACCAUCAUUCAUCCAAUAUUUCAAACUUUCUAUGCCAGUAGACCAGAGAAAUGGACCAUGUCGUAUUGAAAUUUCAGUCAUGCUGAUACUGAUACCAACAUGUUCGUUGAAAGCUUUCACAACAAGUUAAAACGAAAUCCAUCCUACCUGAGGGGAAUGGCAAAUCGAAGAGUGGACCAAUUAAUUACCACACUGCUGAAGAUGGAGGCAGACCAGUUUAUGGAUGUCCAGAAAAAGGGAUUGUGGCCUACCAGAGGUGCCACUCAAAAGAAACAGACAACAUCACAUCAGAACGGACUACUAAUCCCUGAUCAUCACAUUACAGAGGUACCUGACAGUGCCAACACAUGGCAAGUACAGUCUCAAACAGAGUGAAAGAAGUUAUUUCCAUCUGUCCACAUUCUACCUGUUCUGCUGUUUCCUGUGAUGCACAAGAAUGUCAACCACUUUGCUGCCACUGCUACCAUUACACCUGCUUUGGAUUUCAGACUGGUCAUCUGUGUAAGCACAUACACAAGAUACGAUCACACUUAAAAGCAAUUCACAAAAGCAAAGAGACACAGCCAGUUGUAGAACAUACUGAGAGUAUGGUAAUUGAGCAAACUGAAACAAAGGCUGCAGUAAACAUUCCAGCAAAGCAAUGGACACUCCAGGCAAGUCCAGUGGCAUGUUCAUUUCAAAUCACACCCCAUUUGUGUACAUUCUAUAAUUCUCAUGAUGCUAAAUUGUCUUAGAUUGUGUGCACCUUGAAAGAAUUGCAUCCACUGCCAAGAACAUUGCCAUCCAAGCAGAAAGAAGAGCCAUUGAAACACUGCAUGUACCACAGGUACUGGCUUUGGUCAAGGAAGCGGAAUUACUAUCGAGACUGAAGCAAAACGGUACUGAUGCUGCUGAGCUGAAAACAACACAUCGAAUACCACCAGGAAAGAAAGCCCAAUAGCAGCAGUUCCACUUCAAGAGGCUAACCAGAAAAAGACAAAAACAAAAAUCAAAAGGGAUUCUAAGAGCACCAGACAAGAAUGAAGCAAAACGCGCCAAAGAAAGUCUGAAGAAACAUAGUAAUGAGAAGCACUGUUCAUUGAAGCCAAUUUUUAUGGAGGCUGCUCAUCACCACCGUUCAGCAGCUACACAAAGAGUUGAUGGGGAUCAUGAUCAGUCAAACAAAGAACUAUCAAACAAACCAGAGCAGCCACUACAGCAGAGACAAGGGCAGCAUGUGGGAGAACAGCAACGCGUGCCCACACAGGACUGCCAAUUGAAGCAGUACCAUCAGCCACAGUGUGCCAUUAAGUCACAAAGGUUGUCAGCAAAGUCCAAUUGCAAUCCAGGAAUUUUGCAAAGCAAUGUUGGCUGGAUUGACGAUGGAAUUAUCAACUCAGCCCAGCGGAUGCUGAAGCAGAGGUUUCCAGAAAAGAACGGUCUCCAGAACACCCUUUUGUCGCAGCAGCUGCAGUUUGUAGUGGCUAGGCAAAAUUCAGUUCAAAUUCAUAACAUUGGCAAUCACUGGGUAACGACGUCAAGCGAUGAACAAGGGAGUAUACAUUUGUAUGACAGCUUGGUCAGAUACAAGCUAUCGAGUCACCUAGAACAGCAGAUUGCAUCAAUCUACCGAAGCAAUGAGAAGGAGAUUACAGUUUCAAUAAGAGCAAUUCAGCAACAGAGAGGUGGCAAUGAUUAUGGGCUAUUUGCAAUUGCUUUAGCCUACGAUGUUGCUUCUGGCAUUGAUCCUGAGUAUGUGACUUACAUUCAAUCUGACAUGAGAAAACAUCUGUUCUCAUGCGUCAAGAAAGGCUAUAUAACACCAUUUCCACAUUAUUUUCGAGGCCGCCGUGAAAGGUGUAAGCGUUCUGUAGCCUCUUUCGCUAUUUAUUGUGUUUGCAGGCAGCCAGACAGUUUUGGAAGGAUGAUCCAGUGCAACCGUUGUGAUGAGUGGUUCCAUUGCAAGUGUGUUUGUUUGAAACCACCUGGCAGAACAUUUUACUGUCCAACAUGUUCGAGUGAACAAGGUUGUUAGUUGACACAACUGACUUUGUACAACAAGCAGUAAACAGUUGCUAGUAAACUGUGGCACUUCAUGUAAGGAUGUUUUCAACUUUUUCCUUUUAUGAGACUUGACCAAUUAUAUUACUUCGUAGCAAGCAAAACAGUAGAUUUGUUGCUUCAGGC